AUGGACGACAACCAACCAACAGCUCCUGACGACUAUAAUGACGAGCAGCCACCAGCCCCUCAAGAUAAAGGCAAAGCGAGAGCCGUCGACGACAAGAUGCCCACCCAGGACGCCGCGGAAAAUGCCACCAAUACCCAAGGCAGCGGCAGCUACAUUCCAUUCGAACCCAAGCUCUACAUGACGGAGGCGGAGGAGAAGGCAUAUCGCCACCCACUUGAUAGGCCUAGUCUCAAGCCCAUUCGCAAGGAACAGAAGCGAAUAGAGAAGAGGCUGGCCGAUAUGCACGACAGACAGAUGAUUAUUGGAUCAUUGACGCCAUGCCUUACUGAGGCUGACGAGGUGCUCGAGCUGACCAAGCACAUCCAGCCCCUGCCGAAGCAAACCCCCAAACGCCCUCACUCCAGCGGCCAAGACGGAUCAGAAUCGAAGAAGUUCUCAUCGCCACGCAAGUCCGAGGACAGCGACAUGUCUAGGGCUGUUCUCCCGUCUGCUCUGUUUCGCCCGCCGGGUUCAUCUGGCCCGCGGUAUCUUCCUCCCCUACGUGGACGAGCUCGCUUUCCGGACCUAUCUACUCUAUCUGGUCCUUCUCGUGUGACUGGCUCCCUGACGACACCAGUGCCAGCGUGUCCUGUGCAGACCGCCACCAGCCAACAGUUGGAUCUUCAGCAGAUUGUCCGAUCGGAUCCUGGUGCAUCGACAGUCGACCAGCUCCCCACAGCACCCGAGCCUCGCGAUUGA